CGCAUUGUCAAUCUGAAACCUGCUUGGGACAACAAGGCUAAAGGUGCGGGGAAAAGGCCUUGCAGGACGCCUUAAAACUCUGGGCACAUGAAUGAGUAGUUGAUGCAUUUAACAAAAAAAUGUCUCAGUUGGGGAUCAGAGCCCAGCAGAUGGGUAUUUUUUGCGAGGUGCUUGAUGGUCCUGCAUAAGUGAGCUCUAUUCUGAAGAAUCAGUGUGUGCCACAUUGAAAUCAUGAGUCAUAAACUCACCAAGGAGGAAAUAGAGGAACAGUUUGAGCAAUUCUUGAAGGAGUCUGUUUCAGAUGAAUCUGUUGAUUUGGGAAAUUCGCCAAAAUCUAGUGCCUUGAGUUCACUGGGUCAGCAUACAAGGAAGGAAAGCAAAAGAGACGCUAAACUAUGGUGGAUUAAUGAUGACGACUCUGAUGAAGGACAAACUCCACAGAGGAGGUUUUCCAAACUGAAAAGACAGGCAGCGGUAAUUGAUGCUGGCAUUGAAACAACGAAGAAAGAAAUUGGCGAAGAGAGUGUUGGAAAUGCACUGUCUCAAAGUCCAGACAUGCUGGGAACCAAUAGGAGCUUUCUCAAAUCUCAGAGGUUCUCCCAGUCCAUUGCAGAGGUUGAAGAAGAGAAACAAGAGGAGAAGACUCAGGUUCAGGAAAGUGAGAGGACGUCUGUAUCCAUCAGCCGAGACAGUUUGGAAACAAAUGACUCUGUCAUGGCAUCAGGACCUUGGCAAAGUACUCCAGGAGUUGGACUGGAUACGCUUGAGGAAGAAGAGGAGAAAGAGAAGUUCUUUGCUAACCUCGAGAAGGGCGCAUCCUCUACUAUUGACUAUUCCAGGCUAAACAAAGAACUUGAGUCAACAGAUUCUACACCUCUGACUACUUUGAAUCAAAAUGAAGGAAGGCUACAAGUGCUAGUGGGGGAGGAAGCAAAGGAAGAGGAUGAUGAGUCCAGACCCAAAAGUGUUACAGCUUCAAGACACUACAGUGAUGACUUUGAUGAUUAUUCUGAUACCAAAUUUGGAGGUGAAGAAUUUGGAUCAGAUAAUGACAAUAUAGCCAAGACUGAAUGUAUUCCAAAAAGCAUUGAAACUGAAACGGAGAUAAAAGAGCAGGAAGCACAGCCUGGCAUGCUAGCAAAAGUCGUACUGCUAGAUUCACUAGACUCAGGACCAGAUACACAAAAGUUAUUACAAUCUGGCGAUGACAUAUCUGUGAAGAAACAAACAACAAAUGAGAAACAUGGACAGCAAAGCCAAGCAUCUCAAAUGUAUACCACUAGUAUUUCUUAUGGGCAAACUAAUAGUGAAAUUGAGGCCUUGCAUCAAGCAUAUUGUAACAUUGAUCAGUCUUUGGAAGGCACAGAUGCAGGACAAAGUACAUUGAAUGGAAAAAGCACCAACUUUGUUCAAGAUCUUCAGAAUUCUGUUAAGGAUUCAGCGAGGGAUGUUUCUACUGUAGGAUCUGAUUUGCUUACUGUGGAAGAACUAAUGAAACCUAUUAAAGGGGAAGCUCUUGUUCCAAGAGGAUAUGACUUAGUAAGUGCAAAUGCACAGCAGGGCAGUGAAGCAGCAGAAAUAUUCAGAAAACUGAUGGCUAAGGACUCCAACAGUGCUGUUCCUUCUGAGUCAAAGCUUGACUCCAAUCAUUUAUCUAGAAGACAAAACACAUACCAAGAAUUACCUGAAAGAUCAUUCAAGGAAAACAAGAACCGCAUGGGUAGCAAUUGUGUUGAUCAUGUGGAAGCAUUAAUUAAUGAAGUUAAAUAUGACUCUGCAACCAAACAUCAUCUUACAGCUUCUGCUUCACAAACUGUUCCUCACCGAGAUGAUCAGAUUUCAGCCAAGACCAAAAGCCCUAAACUUAAAAACAAGAAGCCCUUUGGUGGAAGCUAUGCAUCUGUCAAGAGUUCAGGAUAUGGUAAAAUCAGCCCAUUGAAGAAAGAAUGUCUUGGUUCUGAUGAAAGACAAAAUCAUUUGAGUCCAUCAAAACAAACUGCAUCAAUUAAGUGUGUUAAAGCCAGGUUUCUAUCUGAGCAUACAAAAGGUAAAUUGAAAGGGCAAUUACUGGCAACCCAAACAAACAGACCGACAAAGCACAAAUCUACUGAAAAUGACCUUGGAAGUCAGUUAUUUGCUUCCGUGCAAUCACUUACUCCAUACCUUCAGCACCAGGCCAACAGUAAGCCAGACAAUGCAGAUUUACUUCAUGGCCACAUGCAGGAUCAGUUAGUUAUAAGAGCUGAUGAAGAAAUGUCAAAAGGAUAUGGACAGAGUUCACCAGAACCCAAUAAUAUAGCUAGAGAGCUUUCCCUGCUACAAAAAUUGGAAGAAGCGCAUGAGAAAUGGAACAUGGAGCACAGCCUGGUUGAGAAGUUAAAAGAAAAAUUGGCAUUGAAAGGAAAGGAACUUGCUGGCAAAGACGAAGAGCUGAAGAAAGUUCCUCAACUAAAUGACGAGAUUUAUACACUUCAAACAAAGCUGUGCAGCCUGGAGACCAGGAAGAAAUUAAUAUUUGGAGGAACAUUGGAUCCUGUGACUGAAGAAAAGCUGAAGUUAAUUGAAAAGGAGGUUCAGGAACAAGAGACUCUUAUUCAAGGCUACCAUCAGGAAAAUGAAAGACUUUACAGGCAAGUGAAAGAACUUCAGGCCCUUAAUAAAAGAAAUGAAGAGAAAAUGUUCACAGAAACACAACACUUAAUGGCUGAAAUGCACCGACUAAAGGAGCAGUCGAACAAGAAUAACAUGAAGCAAGCAUCAGUCAGUGAUGCGCAGUUGUCUGAGCAAAUUAAAAAUCAGACAAUAACUGACCUGCUUUCACAGUUGAGAUUAACACAGAAAGAAGCGAGCAAACAAACAGAAGAGAUUAAAAAACUAAAACAAGAGAACCAAGCAUUAGUGGUGGAUCUGGAAAAGACGAAGAAAGAGUGUAACAUGGCUAAAGCACAACUUAGUUAUACUUCAGGUGAUAAAGAGUUUGAGAUGAAGAUAAUGGAAGAACAGCACAAGCAAGAAAUCCACCGUCUCAACAAGAGAUUACAGUGGUAUGCUGAAAAUCAGGAGAUGUUGGAUAAGGAUACAUCACGGCUUAAAGCAGCAAAUGUAGAAAUUGAGAAGCUGAAGGAGCAGGUAGAAAAGCUUACAGCUUUUUCCAGAGAGAAGCAUUCACCCCCUGAGAAACGUGCAAAAGGGCGAGCUCUUGAAGCCAAACGAAUUCAGGACCUUGAGCGGCAGGUAAAGGAAAUGGAAGAAAUAAUUCGAAGGCGAUAUCCAAAUUCCUUGCCUGCUCUUAUAUAUGCAGCUGCAUCUGUACCUGAAGCAGAUUCUGAAACGUCAAGCAAACUGCAUUUGAGAACUUUGCUAGAAAAAAGAAUAAAGAAACUAGAAGCAGACCUAGAAGGAAAAGAUGAAGAGGCAAAGAAGAGUUUAAGAGUAAUGGAACAACAAUUUCAAAAAAUAAAGAUUCAGUAUGAACAGAGAGUCUUGGAGCUUGAACAGCUUUUAGUGGACAAGCUAAUUCAUGGGAAAGAAAAAUUAGAUGACAUUGAUCCAGAAAUGAAGAUACUGGAAGAGGAAAUUCUCAAGUUAAAAGAAGCCCACAAAUCCAAGGAAAACCGACUCCGGAGUGACAUUGAGAAGCUGAAAAAUCAACUCUACCAGGCAGAAUUAAAGUUGAUGGAAAGGGAAGAAAGUUCCCUGAGAGUGGCUGACCAGCAUAUGCAACACACAUAUCAGCAAGCCAAGAUUGAGAAACUCAAUUUAGAACUGGCUGCCAAAAACCGAGAAAUACAAGAGCUUUCAAAGACGUUGGAGCACCUACAGAGAGAGAGGAGGAUGCUCCUUAAUCACAAAACACUGGCCGACAAAUAUGCACAGCUGAAAUCAACCAAGAAAUCCAAAAAAGACAGUGAAUCUACAGAAUCUUUUCCAGCAACAUUAGAUGAAAAGGUUUACCAGCCAAAUGACUUUUCUGGUAUUCACAUCUCAGAGGUUCUGAAAGAAAAUGACAUGCUGAAGAGCAACAUAGAAAGAUAUUCUUUGGAAAUAGACCAGCAAAGAGCAAAAUUAGCCCAAUUUGAAAAUGAAGCAAGGAGGGCACAAGAAGGUGUUGCUGAGCAUGUUGCAGCUUUAAAAGCAGCUCAUCAGAAAGAAGUAGAACAGAUAUUGACACAGCAUGCACUGGAACACUCCUCCUCCAAAGUGGCUGAAUUGACAAAUAAAAUCUCUACUCAAGAGGUUAUGAUGAAACAUCUUCGAGACCAAAUUAAUGACCUCCAAAAAGACCGGGAGGCUCUUUCUUUUGCAAAACUCCGUGAAGAAACCCUGCAAACUCAGAUGACCAAGCUUCUAGAAGAACUUAGAGAAGCCAAAGAGAAUCACAGUCCAGAGAUGAGGCACUUCUUGGCCCUGGAAAGGAAAAUUCAGAAGAUGGAGAUCAAGUAUGCUCAAAGAGAGCAAGAAUUCCAGCAGUUAAUGCAACAAGCUCGACACAGUGCUGAUGCAGAACAAAUUCAAGAGGUUGAGAAGUGGAAGAAGCUAGCACAGUUUAAAAAUCAUGAGCUGGAAAAUUUCAGAACAGAACUGGACUCAAUACUGGAUGUUCUCCGUGAACUGCAGAGACAAGGGGUUGUUAUUCCAGCUCCUAGUUCCACAAGACAAAAUAUCUCAACAGUUACUAGGCAAUUGUAAUACUAUAAAAUAAUUAACUUAUUACGUUAUGGAAUCUCUUACUGGAAUUUGUAUUCAUACUUUGAAGUUGUUCCAUGAUGCUGCUUGUUCAUGAAAGCUUUGUUGUUUGUGCAAAGGUGUUAAAUUGUUUGGAAGAAAUGCGUUUACCACAGCUUGCUCCUGAUUUUUUUUUGUUUAACCUCCUUGGUUUAAAAACUGCUGAUGACUAAACCUAUUAUAAGACUAUUAUUGGAGCACAUUUUAUUUUUUUUUUAAUUGAUUCAGAACCCUCAGCAUAUCCUGGUGUAUUAAUACAUCAUAAAUCUCAAAAAAACACAUUAUCCAAUAUUGUAUUUACCCCUCGUUGCAAAAUAAACACGUGGAGUGGAAUUAUAGAAUGGUUCAAGCCAUUGCGUCUGUGCCAACUCUUUGCAAGAGCAACUCACCUUAUCCUAGUUUCCCAACUUUUUCCCAGCCCCCCCCACCUUUUCCAGGUAUCCUCCCCACCCCUCCAUGCCUUUUCCUGGUCCUCCAACCAUUUUCCUGUGGCCCUGCAAUUUAUUUCACGUCACAAUAGUUACCUAAAAGCAAUAGUUAUACCAUAGAAUUCAAAUGUACAAACACCACACAUUUGUAUGUUCUGCUAUAUUAGCCUAUUUGUUUUAAAUGGGUUAUUUUAUCUGCAAAAAUAUCAGAGAGGAUUUUCAGACAAAUGUGUUAGUCAAUCAUAUGCUGUUAUUCCAGUCUAAUUUCAGGGCCAUUAUGUGUUCCUGGUAUACAACCGUGAUGAAUUUGAAGCAUUAAUGGUUUAGCUAUUUUUUUCUAAAUUAUUUUUGCACUUAUAAUUUAUGACCGAACUCCAAGAGGGAAGGACACCUUCAAAAUAGUUAUUCAAAAAUGGCAUAUGUCCAAACUGAAGGGAAAAGUAAAAAUGAGCCAAACAUGAUUUACAAGAACAGUUAUAAGGCAUUGCUUUCUUUUAAUUCUGUGAUCCAUUAAUCUCUGCUCACUGUUGUACAUAUAAUUGUUUUGAUAUGAGCAUCUUAGCUAUGCAUUGGUAUGUUCUUUAACCAUGGAGUGUUUGGUAUGUUAUCUUAAAAAAUGAUUGCCCUAGAGUUCAAAUUUUCUUUUGGGAAUGCACAACAGUUUGGAGAUUUUUUUUAAAUAUACAUUUUGGCGUUGGCAGAAUUGUAGGAAAUCAUAUUACUUGGUCAACAAAAUACUGUUGUUCAGUCUUGAAGUGUCAAUUCUGCCUUUUUAUUGCCUUUCAGUUAAAGCAGUAUUUGUACUUAUGCAUCAGUUUCGGCGGCAUGUCACAAAUCAUAGGUAAACCUAGGCCUGUGCAUUCAGUGUAUAUAGAUAUUCAAGGAAAUAAAUUUUACAAAGAUUCAUAACUAUUUUAAUAUUGUGUUUUCCCUGAAAAAAGGAAAAAUGUUUAAAUGAAAUGUUCAUAGUAAAAUCCGGUGCAUGAUGUGCAACAAAAGUUUGUAAUUAUAACCAUGUAGAGAAUGCGUUAA